UUGCAGAUUAAUCAAUACCAGUACAUACAAAUUAUUGUCAUUACAUGAUAAUCAAUACCAAUGCGACAAAAAUAAUACCAAUGCAACAAAAUCAAUGCCAAUUCAACAAAAACAAUACCAUUGAGGCCAGAGGAUCGGAGAUAAAAGGAUGGCCAGCAUCGCCGAUUGUUUUGACGACCUCCGCGGUCCAGAUCGCUUGUCCAUCGACUCCUUACUGUUGCCGAGGAGAGAGAGAGAGAGAGAGAGAGAGAGAGAGAGAGAGAGAGAGAGAGAGAGAGAGGAGGAGGAGGAGGAAGGAGGGAGGGUCGGUGGAAGAGGUGGGGUGGUUGGGGGAGAUAGGGAGGGACGGCGGGGGGAGGGGUAGGAGGGGUGGUGUGGGGACGGCAGGGGGAGGGGAGAAGGCGGGAGGCUGGGGAGAAGAAGAGCUGUCGCCGGGUGGGAGAGAGAAGAGGGAGGAGGCAGCUACAGUUUCUUGUCCGGAGAAGAAGGGCCGCCGGCAGGCAGAAGGGAGGAGAGGGAGGAGGCGGUUGCAUUAGGGUUUGCGGUACAAUAUAUAAAAAUAAUUUUGUAAAGAAUAGUAAUCAGGUGUGGUAUUAUUUUCGUUUCCAAAAUUAUCCUUCAUAUAAUCUUCAUUGUCAACUUAAAAAUAGGAUGAAAUAGAUAUAAUUAAGGGUGUAGAUGUUAGUAGCCACUGUGGUUACUCAAAAUUUAGUAACCACUCUAACGCAUUCCUGGCCAUUGCCGCUAAAUAAUGGUAAGGGAGAAACAGAUCAGACAACAGAACCCACGUGGCCAUUGCGUCCGCAUCUCUAGGUUCUACCUGUGUUCACAAUUAAUAAGUAUUAUUUGACGAACGAAUAAUGGACAAAAUUUGCA